AUGACACUCGAUGAAUUGAAAUUGCAAUUGAUUGUUAAAUCAUUACAUGAAUUAGGUUGUGAUCAACUAGCAACUGAAUUAAUAUCUCAACUCAGACAGACUAAUUCAUUGGAUCAACAACCUGGGGAUGAAUUACACAAUUGGAUUUUGGAACAACUACGAAUAAGAAAUUAUACUGAAUUAGAUGAUUAUUUUUGUAGUUUGUUGAAUGACACAAACGGUUUAAAUGAAUUUGUCAAAAUUAUCAACUAUCGAGGUGAUAAUAUGGAUUCAAUUAUAUCAAUAUUAUUGUAUUUGAUCAGAAGAGCAAAUUAUCUUGAUGUGAUUAAACUUCUGGAUAGUUUAACUGACACCGAAAGGUUGACCUACGUCAACAACAAAUUGUUACCGUUAUUAGACUGCGUUGACGUUGGCAAUAAUAAGAUAGAAGACAUCAGUAGCGUUAUAGAUGUACGAAUCUUGCAACAAUUGUCAAAAGAAAAGGAAUCAAAAUUGUUAAUGGACAGUAAUCAUGCCAUUGAGCAAUAUCUUUUUCAAUUACCAAUAGAUAGUAUUCAUUCAUUGAAUCAAUUUAUAUUUGAUAAAUUGUUUAAUGGUUCCAUUUUCAAUCUUUUAACUACAGAUUCAUUAGCCAACACUCCUGACUUGGCAACUAUUAUUCAACAAGCAGCUAAAUAUCAACAAUCUCAGUCACCAUUUUAUUUACCACCAAGAACAAAACAAGAACGGAAAAAGGCCCCUUUACCACUUCCACUGAAACGAUUUCAUGAUAAUUUUAAUGGCAAUACCACUACUUUAUUGCACACCCUCACUUAUCAUAAAGACGAAGUUUGGUUUGUCAAAUUCUCUCCAUCAGGAAAAUUUUUAGUUACUGGUUCAUUAGAUGGGAGAUUGGUGUUGUAUGAUGUAUUAAAUAAUUUCCAGUUGAUUAAAGUUUUGGAACCAACUAUGGCGGCAGACAAUACUGCCUUUAGUCCAAUAUCAACUAGACCCACUCUGAGCAAGAAUAACAAAGCAGUUAUUUAUUGUUGCUGGGAUCCUAAGGAACAGUAUAUUGUCAGUUGUUGUUUAGAUACGGUGAUUCGUGUUUGGUCAGUUGGGGAUAUCCACAAAAGAAGAAUCACUCGAAGUGAAACCAAUACUAUAACUGAUUAUAAAUUAAUUACAUGUUUUACUUUGGCCCCAGAUAUUAAAACUUGGACUUGUGAAUUUUUACCAGAAAAUAGGAAACUAUCCGGUGAUUUAAGUGGACAAUCAGAUUCACCUCAAUUCAUUGUGGGGUCGCCUGAUAAGGUUUUGAAAAUAUUUGAUUGUAAUGGUAUUGAAUUGUUUGAUUUUUAUGGCAAUAUAGAGGAUGAAGAUGAACGUGAAAAUGAACAGAGUAACCAGAACCAAGAUGAUCACCUUGCUUUGAAACCAAACUUGCAACAACAACAGCAACCACUGCUUGCAUCAUCGACAUCAACAUCAUCCCAAUCACAUGGGCAGACUACUUCUACCACUGCCGAAGAAGCAAAUAAACACGAUGACAUUUCAAUGAAAGAUACAGAUGAAUCAUUACCCAGAGUCCGAACAUAUAAAACCAGCCUUGAAAGCAAUUUCAAUCGAAUCAAUGAUUUAGUAAUCACUAAUAAUGGCAAGAUCUUAAUCACUUUAAAUGAUCAUCAAUUACAUUUUUAUACUGUCCCUGACACUUUAGGCGAAGAAGCAACUACACGUCGUAUCUGUAACAUCCAUUUCAAAGGACGUCUUACAUCUUGUUCAAUUUCUCAUAAUGGUAAAUAUUUAUUAAUAAGUUCUGCCCCAGAAGAAUUACAAGUAUGGGAUUUGUCACCAUUACUUGUCAAUGAAAGUAAUCGACCAAUUUUGUAUCGUAAAUAUCUUGGACAUACUCAAAGUUCAUAUAUUGUUCGAUCAACAUUGGGUUAUUUGAAUGAAGAUAAUGAUCAAGAAGAAUUGGUAUUAACUGGAAGUGAUCAUGGAUACAUUUAUUUUUGGAAGUUUACUACUGGUCAAUUGAUUACAAGAAUCAAAGGACACGUAGGGUUAUGUAAUGGGGUUGAUUGGAAUAGAAAUGGAAUGGUUAUUAAAGGUAAAGAUUAUGGGAAAAUCUGGGCCAGUGUUGGUGAUGAUAAAUUGGUGAAAAUUUGGGGUUCCAAAUGA